AUGGCUUCAUCUUCAUCAUCUUUGAAACCUCUACAUCUUCCAUGGCACUUUUUAUAUGUUCUCUUUCUUCUCUUCCUUCUUAUUAAUUCGUGUUUCGCAAUGAGAACCGGGAGGAUGAUGAUGGGGGAAGGAAUUUCAAAAGGGUCAUUGGAGCAUAUGAAGCACUCUCGAUUGAUACAAGAAAGUGGGUAUCGAUAUCGUAGCUUGGUAUUCCAAAAAUUACCAAAAGGGGUAUAUGUUCCUCCUUCUGGUCCAUCCAACAGGCACAAUUCAGUGGUGAACUCUUCUCCUCAAAACUGA